CUUAAAUCUGUGGGUGUUGCAGUAUAUCGAAUCUAACAAAAAUGUUCACUUCAAACUUGUUAACUAACAUCAAAGUUUAAUAAAUGGCAAAGCGAUGUCCUCUUCAAUGGGUUAACUCAAUGAAUGGCACGGUUGGACCUGUGCUACAAAAUCAUGCUGGUGCUAUUGUAAAUGGAUAUUUCUAUCUACACGGUGGAGUAACUUCUAAUCAUGCAUCAUGUAAAACACCAAGCAACUGCUUUUACAAAAUUCAAAUUUAUCCUUCAAUCGGUCAAUGGGUGGAAAUCACAUCUUUAGAUUCACCCUAUCUUAGUCAGCAUACAUGUUUGGUUUUUAAGGACAGAUAUCUCGUUUUUAUUGGUGGAUGGAAUGGACAUACCCGAAUACCAGGUAUACAUACAUAUGAUACUCAGUCGAACAGUUGGUUACCACCUGCUUUGAAUGAACCAUUACUAACUGGAUUUCCUCAGGGAGCUGGAUUGUCAGCGCAUUCUGCUCAAAUGAUUCGCUCACUAGACGAUGAUAAUAAGUUCUCAGCAAUUAUUAUUGGCCGAGAGGGCUCUUUGCGAAUGCAAAGAAAGUCAGGAAAUAUUUACUUAUUAUAUGGUAAUUUAAUCAAUACAAAUUCAUCUAAACAACGAAUGGAGUAUGUUUACUGUGAAGCAGAUCCUAAUUUAACAGUAUCAUCAAGAAGUUAUCAUACAUCAACACCAAUUACACCAUGUACAUUAGUUAUUCUAGGUGGUUGUAAAAAUAAUUCAAUAGAUUUAUUAAAAUGGAAAAUAAUUCCUAAUAGAAAGAAAAAAGAACUAGAUAAUUGGCCUGGUUACCUUGAUUAUCCAUUGACUUCAUGUAAUGUUGUAACAAGUUUUACGAAAGAUAUUGAACAACAGCAACAACAACAACAACAACAACUAAAGUCGGAUUUAGUUGAACUUGCACCAUCUUAUCAAAAUGGUUGGCGUGGUCAUUGUAUAAUACCAGGUGUCGGUGGUUUAUUCAUCGGGACAGGAGAAGGUUUCAAUGCGUUAAGACAUGGUCCACUUAAUUCAGCAUAUCUUUUAAAGUAUCUGGAAAAUGGUACUAAUGUUAAACCGACAAUUUACGAAAUUGGUACAAUUGACGAACCAAGAGCAUAUGCAGUUACUGCAGUAUGUCAUCAAAAUGGUACAGCUUGGUUACAUGGUGGUCUUGGACCUCAAGGAAAAACGAUGAAUACACUAAUGAAAUUGACAAGAGUUGAUUGACAAAAAUUUAAAUGAAAAUGUCUACAAAUUUUUUGUAAUAUUAACAUGUUUCAUUUUAAACUGAUGUAUGGUUGGUUAUUUUAUGAGAAAAUAAUUUUUGAUCAAUCUACUCUAUCACUCCAGUUCAUUCUAGAUCAAAAAAAGUCUUUUACAAUCUUAAUUUGUUACCCUAGAAUUGUUUUCAAUGAACAUUUUGUAUGAUAAUUAAUCAUUAUUUGUUCAUGUUGUUAUGUAACAUCCUAACAUUUUUUAAAUUGUCACUUUACACUACUUGUGAGUAGCUUUAAUUAAUUUGUAAAAAUAAAUUCAAUUUAUCUGUU